GUAUUAUAAUAAUUAGCGAUGCUAAUCAUUGCUAAGUAAUUUACGAUUUUCUAUUUAUUAACUAACAUCCGCUUUAAUAUGAAACACUUAACGUGACGUUGAUUCAUUUUAAUUAAAUAAAAGUCCGCCGGUGUAAACCAUUCCUUUCGCCAGUCAUCGCAGCCAUUUUUUUUGCUGCUAUGGCCUACGGAUAACGCUCCUAGCCAGUAACUUAAAUUCAUGAUUAAAAUUAACACGCCAUUGAGUGGGACUUUGGGACGUAAUUACGGAGAACAUAAUAAAAUUACUUAAUACAUCGGGCAAAAAUUGACGGUAAAAAAAGAUAAAAUUAUUUACAUGGAGACUGCGGGGGAUAUAAACACUUUUAUUUUUAAUUCCUUGGGAUCCACGGAAGAAAAAAAAAAUUAACUUGAAAGAGAAUAGUUUUCACUGGUGUGCAACUGCUGCUGUCGUCAUGUUCACUUUGGCUUCUACUCCGACGGGCAAAUCGGCAAGUUAACAAGAUUAUUAAUUGGAUAGUGACUAGUGAGUGAGUAAAAAUGCGGAAUAAAUUAAGUGCAAGGGAUCGAGCAUUUCAGUAUAAGAAGGAGGGGUUUUACUGUACAGAUAAUAGCACGGUUAUGUGUAAGUUUUGCAACACGAAAGUUUCGUGGGAUCGAAAAGACACGAUUGAAAAACAUUUAAAGUCGGCAAAACACGUGGCGUCAUUAGCAGCAACAAAAGAAGAGACUACAAAACUACAAACAUCAGUUGCAUCAUGCUUUAAUAAAGUUGUCAAAGACAAAAAAUCGGCAGAUUAUCUUGGAAAACGUGUCACAGAAACAUUUGUAAAGGCUAACAUACCACUUGAGAAACUUAACAAUGAACACAUGGUGAACUUCAUGAAUGAAUUUAUUGAAGGAUCUGGCGCAUUGCCUUGUGUAAAGACUUUGCGAGAAAAGCACCUUCCCAGAUUAAAUAUGGAAAGGGAAGAAAACAUCAAGGAGAAGGUCAAAGGAAAGCACCUUGCGGUAUGCUGCGAUGAAACAACAGACAAACAAGGUCGGUGUGUUUUCGUUAUAAUCUUCAAGAUUAUAGAAGCCAGUCACCAAGUUGAAAUCGUAGUAGGUGAUGUCCACAUUCUUGAAACAGCUGAUGCAAAAAGUUGUUCAAGAGCUAUUCUUGAUUCUUUGAACAAAUAUAACAUUAGCUGUAACAGUGUCCUGGCCUUAGUAUCAGACUCAGCCCGAUACAUGGGGAAGUGUUUUGACACACUUACCAACUUGAUGUCGGACAAUGUUGUAGUGAUUCAGUGUUGGGCGCACAAACUCAAUCUGAUUUUGAAUGUUCUGGGAAAGCACCUUCCUGAACUUCAAAAUGCCACUUCCAAAAUCAAGAGUGCGUUCCUGAACACUCGAAAGAGAAAGCAUCUGUUCCGGCAAUUUCUGGAUGAUAAAUAUGAAGCUGGAAGGGUUCCACUGUUCCCAAUGCCAGUCCUCACGAGAUGGUCUUCGUGGUACGAGUCUGUAGCCUAUGUAUCCGACUACAUAGAAGCUAUUGUUGAGUUCAUGAAGAGUGACGACAUAGCAUCAGUUAGCAAUGUUGGAGUUCAGUAUUUGGCAAGUUUGUCACAGGAACAGGUCCUUAAUGUUAAGGUGCAGGCUGCCUUCAUCAAAGAAACAGCAAAGGGAAUUGUUGACUUGACGAAGUUGUUGGAAGGGUCAUCAUAUCCUUGUAGCAACAUUUUGUGUGGUAACCUACGCAAAGUUGAGCAAGUUUUGCAGCUUGCUGAAGCAGGAAAUUUUGGCGAAGAAACAAGUUUAGCACUGCAGUCGUGUGGAAGAGAUGUUGCAAAAGCUCAGGUUAAAUCUGCCUUAGUAAAAGCUGCAUCACAUGGAUACACUAAGCUGCUAGCUUUAAUUUCAAGUGAUCCUGCAAGUCAUCUUUAUUCUGAACUGAGUGUUUUUGACCCUGCACAGAUUUUAAUUACGGAAGUAACAAAAGAUCUUGGUAAAAAAUUGAAUAAAAUGGCAUUGUUCAAGGACUGCGAUGAAAGUCAAUUGCUUCAAGGCUAUAAAGAGCUUCAGUUCUUGGUGAAGAAACAGUUAGGAGACAAAAGUGAUGCAUCACUGGAUUUGAUUGCAAUAUUAUUGUCUCUUUCUGUAAAUCAUCCAGAAUUUUCUAAGGGUGCUUUGAAAAGUGUAUGGUUGCCAUGUGCAAAUGCAGACUGCGAACGAUUUUUUUCUAAGUACAGUUCUGUUCUAAGUGACCAACGACAGCGCCUUAAUGCUGAAAAUGUAGCUAUUCUCAGUGAAAUCUAUUUUGAAGGUUGAACACUGUUUUAGUGUGUUAGUUGUAUGCCAUGUCUAUGUGUUUAGUGUUACAUAUGUAUUCAACUUUGCAGCUGUAAAUAUUAUGUAUUGUGUUUUAUGAUCUGUGACAAGCAGGAAACUGUGAAUUUUUUUGAUAAGAGCAUUACUAACAAAUAUAGAAGCUAAAAUUAUGUACAGAUAUUACGAUAAGUAAAUAAUAAUUUCCUCAUUGUAAAGGCUUUAAGAAUGUUUUUACAAGUAUCUCUGUAUCAAUAUAUAAUGUUCAUAUUAAUUUUGACUGUUAAUUUUAGGAAUCCACAAAAAAAUCACAUUGGUGAAAACACCGAAAUGAAAACACCGCUUUUAAGAAUUCAAACCACCGCUUUUUGCACUUUCAAAACGACGACAUUUUCCAGUCCCUAAUAAUUGUACAGUAGAACCCCGAUUAUCCGUGUUAAUGAAGGGGACGAGUGAGUCGGAUAAUCGAAAAUCGCGGUUAGCCGAGUCAUGCUUGCCUCAAAGGUCAUUAGCCCACAGACAACCAUCUGUGGACAUUCGGAGAUUACAUAUAAAUAACGACCCUAAUCUCGGGAACCGUGAGGGGUCGUAUCUAUUCUCCGUUCACUCUUAGCUGAGUUUUGAAAUAAAAAACACCGUCGUAUCACUGCGCCGCGUCAGCUAGUGAUAGGCUGAAUUUAUCUUGCGUGCCAAGCACUAGUUGCAACACACACAAACUUCAGUACAGUCGGUGCUAAUAAAAUAACGGAGAAGUAAUAUAACAGGAAAAUGGUGCCGUGACCUUUCACGACACAAAAGGAAACAAUGUUUAUUUUUUGAAUAAUCGAUAAAAUAGCACCGUAACGUAAGACAACAAUAUGAUAGUGUUACGAUUUGGUACUCACCUAAUCACUAUCUGGCAGUGGUGCUAUCCCUUCCAGACUUGAAUCAGACCUACCACCACUAUCUUCGACACUACUGUCGUCACUGUCAACGAGAGGAAUGA